UAUUCACAUUCAUUCAUAAUCAAACAGCAAACUUCUUCAUCCUCUUCACCCUCUCAAAAAAAAAUCACUCUCUCUCAAAAUUUAGAAAGUGUGUUCGGAGUUUUGAAUAUAAUCUCCGAAUAAUGGCCUCUCUGAAGCUGAAGCCCCACUCGCGGUACAGCUCGUACGACACACGCUCCUCAACUUCCUCGCACUUUUCCGACCCAUCUUCAUCCACCGAACAACUAAACAAGCUGAGCUCUUCAUCUUCUUCUUCAAAAGCACUCGUUGUCAAGUCCUCCAGGCCGUCCGAUCUGUCCUCCCACACCAAAUCCAAGCCUUCAAAUCCCAACUUAGCCACAAUGGUGAAGAAGUUCAUGGAGAAGAAGCCAUCGUCUUCUUCGUCGAAGGCGGUGAAGAUGGUGAUUCCGUCGGACGUGAUUGCAGAGGACUUGAAGAAGUCGGUGAGGAAAGGCACGAGCUUCAAAGGCUUGCAUAAGAAGCUGUUUGGGGCUGGGAAUGAAACGGCAGCCUUUGAGAGUAAGAAAAAGAAGGAGGUGAAGGCUUUGACUGAGGUGAAGGAGAACACGAGGACUUUGGCGAUGGUGUUGAGGAGUGAGAGAGAGCUUCUGGGUAUGAAUAAGGAGCAAGAGAUGGAGAUUUCUCAGCUUAAGUUCAUGCUUGAGGAGAAGAGCACAGAGGUUGAGAAGUUAAAGGAUUUGUGUUUGAAGCAACGGGAAGAAAUUAAGGCAUUGAAGAGUGCGAUACUAUUCCCAGAUGUUCUGAACUCUCAACUUCAAGGACUUCUAGAGAAGCAAAAUUCAGAGUUGAAACAAGCGAAACAGCUCAUCCCAACUCUCCAAAGGCAGGUCACUUCUCUCACAGGUCAACUACAAUACCUUGCAGAAGAUCUUGCUGAGGUGAAAGCAGAUAAACAUUCAGCAAGAGCAUGUUUCCAACAUCAUGGCAGUUCUCCAAGGACACCAAUAUAUGAUCUUGAACAGGCCUCUAAUUCUUUGGACUUUAGCUCUGGUGAUCCAACAACUCCUGGUAGUCCAGAUGACAUGUUCCUCAAGGAUGUAAAUCCCUGCUUAACGCCCUAUUGCGCCAAGUCAAAAUCCAAAGAAUUUGAGGCAACGGGCUAUGAUUCUCCAGAUGAUGAAUUCCUAUUUGAAAACAAUAUGGAGAUCGGAUUUAACUCACGAGUGAGGAAGAUGUCCAAAAGUUCUGAUUGUUGCCAAAAUGCCAAUACAGGGAGCACAAUGGCCAGAGCAGCUCGUAGAUCAGAUGAAACCAAAUGCACAUAUGGAAAGCAAAUGCACCAUAAACUUUUCUAGAUAAUGUCAAUCCCCCUUUUUUGUUAAGCAUUGAUCUCAUCUCUAGUUCUUUUCCUACCUGUAUCAGUGUAUUGACUGUAAUUUUGGUCGGUAUUAAAUACAUCAUUUCAUAUAUUGUUAGAAAAUUAAGCCUAAAUGAUGUUAAUCUAUUUGAGCAGUACAUUGCGCCCCCCUCCCCU